CCUUUUCUCAAGACUUCUACAAAGAUGUUUGAUAUAAAAGCUUGGGCUGAGUAUGUUGUGGAAUGGGCUGCAAAGGACCCAUAUGGCUUCCUUACAACAGUUAUUUUGGCCCUUACUCCAUUGUUUCUAGCAAGUGCUGUACUGUCCUGGAAAUUGGCCAAAAUGAUCGAGGCCAGGGAAAAGGAGCAAAAGAAGAAACAAAAACGUCAAGAAAAUAUUGCAAAAGCUAAACGACUAAAAAAAGAUUGAAGGAAUGAACAAGCUCUGCAACUAGAGGAAAAUUGUUUGGAAAAUUAUGCAGCUCUGGAAGGACCACUAAGGUUUCUUUUCUGGACCUUAUGACAGUAUUAUCUAGUAAACGAAGCCUGAGCAUAUGGAAGAAUCAUGUUAGUUCUCACCUGUACUAUAGCAACUUUUAGGCUUUGGUGUGGAAGUCUCUUGACAGUUAUUGUAAAUUGGCAUUUAUGCUACAAAGUAUUUAGUCAUUUGUCUUUUUGCAGUGUAAGUACUAAAAUGAAAACAUCCUGUGGAUAAAAAUGACUUUAGAACGUGAACUCUAUUCAAAUAAUGGCUUAAAAUGGGGUCCUGUUCUGGACAAAGGAA